ACCCAAAACCCAAAAUCCCAAAAUUAUUUAUGUUCCGUAAAAAAAUUUUAAAAGAAUCGUAACUGUCACUUACAUAAAGAGAGUACUUCAAGUAUCUGAUGUACGGUUGGAUUUCACCGGCAAUUCAACGCUAACGCAAAAUACAGAUCGCAGAUGGCGAGCCUGUGGCGGGCCGCGACAGCCCUGACGGAGAGGUCCAACGACUACGACGGCGUAGAAUUCUGGUCCAAUCCUGAGCGCACUGGCUGGCUUACCAAGCAGGGCGAGUACAUCAAAACCUGGCGCCGCCGCUGGUUCGUUCUAAAACAGGGCAAGCUCUUCUGGUUCAAGGACUCCUCCGUCACCCGCGCCUCCCGUCCUCGCGGCGUAAUUCCAGUUGCCUCCUGCCUCACCGUCAAAGGCGCCGAGGAUAUCCUCAACAAACAGUACGCGUUCGAGUUGUCCACGAGAACUGAGACCAUGUAUUUCAUCGCCGAUUCCGAGAAGGAGAAGGAGGAUUGGAUCAACUCCAUCGGACGAUCCAUAGUACAGCACUCGAGAUCGGUGACUGAUUCGGAGAUAGUUGAUUAUGAUAGCAAGCGAUGAUGAGAAUCGAUAGGUGAGACUCGCUCUUGAUCCGAUGAUGUAAUUGAACACUUGUGCAAUUUGUGUUUGUAAAUCCUCUUUUGAUAUCGUUCUGUGUGUUUUUCUAAGAAGAAUAAAUCUCUCAGUUUGUGAGAUAUUAAUCGUGUUGUGAAUUAAAUUUCUGUUUAAUGAAGUAUUAAGUGAUAA